GAGCACAGAGUUGGCACAGGAACCAGCAGAGACUGGCACCAUGUUGCAACAGAGGCUUCUAAUGUGUGUUUGCUUUCUGGGUCUCAUCACUGGAGUAAUAUCAAAACCACGCUAUGCGCUGUCGGUCCCUGUUGUGCUAAAGAGUGAAGAGAACACAACGGCAUGCAUCAACAUUUUAGAUAAUGAAGGUCCUUUGCAACUGGAUGUUAAUAUUGAGGUCAAUGGAGUGAACUACACCAUCUUCAGUGAGACAGUCCAAGCCAACACAAUCUUCAAAUGCAAAGAUUUCCCGGUCCCAGCUGUGGCCAUGAUAGUCCCAGUAUUCAUCACCAUGGUGGCUACUGGCCAGACAGACACCUAUGUGGAACGUAGGGCUGUGGUGAUUGAUAAGAUGGAAAACAUCUGCUUUGUGCAACUGGAUAAAUCUCAAUACAAGUCUGGACAAAAGGUGCGGAUUCGUCUUAUUUCACUAAAUCCUCAGUUGCUUCCAGUGCAAGAGACGUACCCUGCCAUCUAUGUAUUGGAUACUUUAAGGAGUCGAAUGUACCAGUGGCUGGAUAAGACCCCAAGCCAAGGAGUGGUGGCCCUGGAAUUUACUCUGCUGAGUGAUGCACCCCCAGGAUUGUAUCAAGUAGUAGCUGAAAGAACAUCAGGGACUGCAGUUUCCCAGACUUUUGAAGUGGCUGAAUAUGUGCUGCCCAGAUUUGGGAUGACUGUAGAUGCUCCCAACACUAUAUCCAUACUGGAUCAGACUAUCACAUUUAAAAUCAGUGGCAAGUACACCUAUGGCCAGGGAGUGCCAGGGAAGCUGUCUGGCAGACUUUGCAGGCAAUAUAGUUCUUCUUACCCUGAAAACAGCUGCAACAGGAACCCUGAAGGCCUCUGUCAUUACAUUGUUGAAGAUGUGGAUUCCAGUGGCACAUUGAACUACACUGUUGACUUGGCCCAGUUCCAGUUGGAUCGGAGUGAAUUUUCCAUGGAUCUGAACCACCAGAUCACACUGACAGAGAAUGGCACAGGAGUCCAAGUUACAGAAGCUGGUUCUGUUUUCAUAAGCAACCAAAUAGCUCGGGUUUCUUUUGACAACCAAGCCAUGCAGCCGUAUUACAAGCCAGGAAUUCCUUUUGGUGUUGCCGUGACUUUGGUGAAUGCUGUUGGAGAUCCUCUCAGCAACAAAACCAUAGAGCUCCUUGUCAGAGGAAAUAUUGUCCAGAAUCUGACCACAGAUAGAAAUGGCAAAGCUUGGUAUGAGAUUGAUGUGUCCAGCUAUGAUCAACCUCAGCUGGAUAUACAGGCUAUUUAUAAGAACACUGAGAAGUGUCACGACUCCAACUGGGUGAUGCCUGUUAAUUCAAAUGAUUUUUACUCAGUUACACGGUUCUACUCUCGCACAAUGAGCUACGUGGAGAUACGUGCUCCUCAACAGGAAUUGAGCUGUGGGAAUAGUUACUCCAUCAAAGUCUAUUACGCCUUCGGCCACAAAGUUAACAUCGGCAAGGUUUCUUUCUACUACCUGGUAAUGUCCAAAUCCAAGAUCGUGAAAUCUGGGGAAGAGUUGGUGACCUUAAAUGGAUCUCCACAUGGCGCCUUCAGUUUAAACCUUACGGUAUCUCCAGAGUUGGCUCCUGGUUUUGAUGUUAUUGUAUACAUCAUGUUGCAAUCUGAAGUCAUAGCUCACAAAAUCAGUCUUAACACAGAGAAGUGCUUUAAACACCAGGUUUCCCUGAACUUCUCAUCCUCCCAAGGAACUCCAGGAUCCAAUGUGAACUUAACACUAAGUGCAAAUCCAAGAUCCCUGUGUGGGCUCCGAGUCAUUGAUUCCAGCCUUCUGCUUCUUGGACCAGACAAGCAGUUGACAACUGAGCGUGUGUACAAUGCUCUUCGAUACCGCAACCUAAAUGGAUAUUACGUUGGACCAUAUAAUGUAGAGCCACCAGCACCACUGUGCAUUGAUGUCAGCCAACGAAUCUUAGAUGAUGGUUUCGUUUACCAACCUGUAGAUUUCCCAGGUCAAGGAAACACAUACAAUGAAUUCAAAAGCGUUGGCUUGAUGUUUGCUACAAAUUCAUCGAUGUACAAACCUGAGCGGUGUAGUCACUCUUAUUUUACUACAGCAAUAUUCGGUUUAGACAAUUCCGAUCCCAGUGUAACUGUCAAUUUUGUCACUACAACACUAACUGUGCCAGAGCCGAUUUCAACUGUGAGAAAGACAUUCCCUGAAGUCUGGAAUUUUGAUUUGAUGUCUGUUGGUGAGACAGGACUAUCUUCCUUAACACAAAAAGUCCCAGACACCAUCACCCAAUGGCAAGCUUCCAUGGUCUGCCUGUCAGAAGAGAAAGGAAUAGGGAUUACCAAAUAUCCAUCCAACUUCACCUCCAUCCUCCCAUUUUUUGUGGAGGUCUCUGUACCCUAUUCCUUCACUAGAGGAGAGACAUUGCUCCUGAGAGCCUUCGUGUCCAACUACCUGAAUCAAUGCAUCAAGGUACGUGUGACACUGCAACCAUCCAGGGAUUACACAGCUGAUCUGCAGGAGGGGACCCAGGACAUGUGCGUGUGCCCCAAAGGCAGAGCCUCCUACUCCUGGAACGUGACUGCUAAAUCAAUAGGGGUGAUAAGUUUCAAUGUGACAGCUCAGACGACUUUUAUUGGAGCCACGUGUGAAGGACUUCAGGAUCUCAGCCAACCACCCCGCAGUGAUACUGUCAUAACAACUGUUAUUGUAGAGGCUGAGGGGAUAGAGAAGGAAGUCACAUACAGUAACCUGGUGUGUGUGGAAGGCAGCAACACACAGAUUCCAUUCAGCAUCACCCCACCGGCGAACAUGGUGAAAGGAUCAGCCAAGGCUUCUGUGACUGUGAUUGGGGACCCACUAGGCCAUGCAGUUAACAAUCCGGAUUCUUUGAUCCAGCUGCCCACGGGCUGUGGCGAACAAAAUUUGGUUAAGCUGAUGCCAAUACCGGCUGUUCUGGCUUAUCUGAAUUGCACCGGGCAACUGACCAAGGAGAUCCAAGACAAAGCAGUUCAGUACAUAUCAACGGGAUACGUUAGGCAGCUUGGUUUCAAACGCUACGAUGGAACUUUCAGUGCUUUUGGACAAAGCGAUCCUGAGGGAAGUUCAUGGCUGACAGCUUUGACUUUCUACACCUUUGAGAAAAUAAAGCAAUAUACUCCAGUAGAUCCAGCAGUCAUGAAUCAGGCAUUGGUUAGCCUUGAGAGAAGCCAGGACCUUGGGUCUGGAUGUUUUAAAGCCAUCGGGACUCUGUUUAACAAUGAGCUCAAGGGUGGUGCUGAGAAUGAAAUCAGCUUUACUGCUUAUGUUGUUUCCGCUCUGCUGGAGACCAAUUACCCAGGAGGGCAAACCCUUCUGCGUAACGCAUUAGGCUGCCUGGACGCUGCAUCCAGGAGAGAGCAGUCACUGUAUAAUAUGGCUAUGCUCUUCUACGCAUUCAGUGUAUCUGGGAAUGAAGAGAGGAGGAACCAUAUGUGGGCUCAGCUGAAGAAAAUGGCAAUUCAGAAAGAUGGUGGCAUCCAUUGGGAACGUACCAACAAGCCGAAUGCAGAGAAGUACCCAUUUUUCUAUGCCCCGGCUCCUUCUCCUGAAAUAGAGAUUACGGCCUAUAUCCUGUGGGGGUUGACUAAGCGACCCAGAGCAUCCCAAGAGGAUAAAUCCUAUACGACCCAGAUUGCAGUAUGGUUGGUCCAGCAGCAGAAUUCUCAAGGAGGAUAUCGGUCAACUGCGGACACAGUGGUGGCUCUUCAGGCUCUGGCUGCAUAUAGCUGCCAAGAAUACAAGCAAGGGGCCACCAAUCAAGUAACAGUGACUCUUGCGAGACGAGUGAUUGCCAUGUUCAAUGUGCAACCAAAUAACAGGCUUCUGGUACAGAGACGCAUGCUGCCGAGCACAAGUGGAAACUAUGGGUUUGCAGUUAGCGGCAAUGGCUGUUGUCUGAUACAGAGCACAGUCAAAUACAAUGUCCCAGUGCAGAGCAAGAAUUCAGCUUUUUCCCUGUCUGUAAAUACAUCAUCAGGAAACUGUGUCAACGGAGUGGCCUUCACCUUCCCCAUCAACAUCACUCUGAGUUACAAUGGAAUAAGAAAUCAGUCCAACAUGGCGGUUAUAGACAUGAAGUUGUUGUCAGGGUACACAGUGCAAUACAAGUCACUUUUCCAGCUGAGACAGAAGGUUUCCAAAGUGGAGCAGAUCAAUAACCAUCUGAUUGUGUACCUGAAUUCUGUACAAAGAGAACCCAUUUCUUUGUCAGUGACUCUUGAGAUGGGCAACAGAGUGCAGAAUUUCCAGCCGCAGUCAGUGUAUGCCUAUGACUACUAUGAGCAAGAUGAGAAUGCAGUUGCUGGGGUCAGGCACCCGUGCUCUCUCUAGUAAGCUUUCAGAAGUGGAUCACACAUGCCUGGUCUAUCAGCCAUCAGUGAAUGAAACAGAGGAAACAUUGGUUAUUCUGACUCUGGGAUACUACUACUACUACUACUACACACUAGAAAACAUUGCUCACCUGCACACCAACUUUUCAACUUGAACAAGAUUUGUCAAGGAAUAAAUAACUGAUAGUUUCCUCUCUAUUUUUUUAUCUGAAAUAAAUAUGUCCAAGUAAUUAAAGAAUGUGAUUUUUGGAGGACUGGAGAUCUGAAGAAUUGACAUUCCUUUAGUAGUGGGUGGGUCAAAGAAAAAUAAUAAAACUAUGUCUAACACUAA